GACGUGAGUAUGGACUUGGGUGAGGGUGUAGGCCCCAAGCGGGGAGCGGGGAGUCGGGAGUUGGGCGGGAAGGUGCAGGCCGAGCGCGGCUUUGGGGUGAAACCGGGUGUGCCCCUCUCCCAGCCCCACACCGGGCCAGCCUCCUGGGCUUUAGUCAGGGGAUGCCUGACUGAGGUGGUGCGGAGCCUGGGCCACCUUGGAAGGAGAUGGAGGGGACUGUCGUUGGGUGGACAUGCCCCUCCCUCCUUGGGUCAGGGAGACGACAGCGGUUCAUGCCUGGGGGAGGGGUCCCCGACCACCUUCCACUGGCAGUUGGCACCGUUGCUUCCCAAUUCCCCUGCCACCCUGCAAUGGUCUGUGUGACCUCGGGUCAGUCAUCGCCACUCACUUUCCCAAGCCUCGCUGUUCCCGUUCCUCAUUGCAUGGCAGCCUCAGCCCCGGUGACCCCCGCCCAGAGCGAAGGCUCCUCGCACCCGGCCCUGUCUCAGGGCCUGCUGUCCACAUCUCUUCCUUGAGCUGCCCGCUUGGAGCCAUGGCACAGCCAACAAAGCCUGACAUGUUUGAUUUGGGCCUGGGCACCUGGAGCCCUAGAUCCCGGGAGCAGAGCCACAGGGCUUGGGGGUCGCCCUCCAAGGGUGUAGGCAAGAAGCUGCCUGAGUACAAGGCAGUGGUGGUGGGCGCAAGUGGUGUGGGAAAGAGUGCACUGACCAUCCAGCUGAACAACCAGUGCUUUGUGGAAGACCACGACCCCACCAUCCAGGAUUCCUACUGGAAGGAGAUGGCCCUAGACCACGGAGGCUGCAUUCUGAACGUGCUGGACACAGCAGGGCAGGCCACUCAUCAGGCCCUGCGUGACCAGUGUGUGGCGAUUGGCGAUGGUGUGCUGGGUGUCUUCGCCCUCGAUGACCCCUCAUCUCUAGCCCAGCUGCAGCAGAUGCGGGCCACCUGGGGCCCACACCACACCCAGCCCCUUGUCCUUGUGGGCAACAAAUGUGACCUUGUGACCACUACUGGAGAUGCUCGUGCCGCUGCUGCAGCCCUCGCAAAAAGCUGGGGGGCCCCUUUCGUAGAGACCUCAGCCAAGACACGCCAGGGUGUGGUAGAGGCCUUUUCCCUACUCAUCCAGGAGAUCCAAAGGGUCCGAGAGGCCAUGGCAAAGGAGGCCACGACAGGGCCAGGUGGGGAUAAAGGCCGGCACCAGAAAGCCAUGUGCCACUGUGGCUGCUCUGUGGCCUGAAGGUCUUAAGUCUAGAAAAGUGGACCCUCCCCCAGACCAGGGUGAUGGUUCCUUCUCAUGAGCCCCCCUCUACCAGCAAGUAGCUGUGUGGAACACUGUUGGUGUCUCUCUCCUGGGGAGGUUUUCUUUUGGUGAUGGGCUUUUUGGCAGUGUGGGACAUAGUGUUGGUUGUGUUAUGUCAAGUUGAGAGAUUCUGUGCAAAAUUAAAUAAAUUGUGUUCUUAGGUUUUAAAA